AUGCAUGGCCAUGAAUUAGAUGUGGUCAGCAAGUUGCGUUCCUGGUGCUCUGCAGCGUCCGUCUCCAUCUCCAGCAACCAAACGACCCCGAGUAAUUGCUCCUCGUAUGACUAUCCUACCAGCACUCCAUUGAGUUUCGACUCCGAAGACAAUAGCGGAGGUCUUUCUGCGACGGCUAAAGCCGGAAUUAUCGUGGGUGUAGUUGGGGGUAUCUCUUGCCUGGUGAUAGUGUUCCUGUCGUGUCGCCGGGUUACGCAUAAGGAAGAACCUAUCCAGAACUUUCCACUGCAGUACAUGCAACCGGGACCAAGGAUUGCCUUGCCGCCCAAUGUGUACAUGCCUCCGGAGCGCGUGGCCACACCACCCCCGCCUUAUUCUGCUGAGGCACCAGAGGUAGCGGACGACAAAGAGGCUCCACUAGGAAAUGCAUUCUCGACAGAUUCUGCGUCGGAACCAUCUUCACCAGAAACUUCUCCCAGGCGCGUCUCAAGCUAG